AUGGCCAACAAACUUUCAGGAGACCGGAUGCGUCGCGAAUUCCUGCAACACUCGCAACGAGGAGAUGCUAAAAUUGCGCAUUCGCAGCUGGGCGAUUGUCUGCGUGUCCUGGGCCUCAAUCCCAGCGAGGCAAGCAUACGUCAGCACAUCCGACAGUUGCAUGAACAGCACAUCGAGCGCAUAUCCUUUGACGAGUUCAUGUCCAUCUACAAUAGCAUUCAGUCGGAGGACUCCGAUUCUCCAGAGGCCGAACAUUUUAUUGCCGGUCUACGCCUUUUAGAUGAGCAACAUACGGGUUACAUAGCAGCGAGCCGGCUAAGAUACGUUCUGGGCAACUGUGGUGAAUGUCUGACUGAAGCCGAAUUGGACGAGUUGUUGGAUCAUCAUGUCAACGAUCAGGGUUUGGUCGAUUAUGCAGAGCUAGUGCAUGCCCUUAUGGCUGAAAGCUAG